UGUGCAUUGUUGCGUGUAAUUCAAUUACAGAGCCGCUUACGAGCCGCUUAUUGCUAUAAUUUUGGGUAUAAAUAGUUCGACCGGCAGCUCAGAAAAUCAUUCAGUUCUGACUGUUCAGUGAGUUCACUUGAAAAAAAACUACAAAAUGGCAUUCAAAUUCGUUGCAUUCGCUGUAUUGAUUGCAGUUGCAAACGCCGGCUUGUUGCCCGCUGCUCCAGCUGUUGUUCACCAACCUGCCACCAUCAUUCAACAACGUUACGUUCAACCAGCUCCAGUUCUUCAACAAAUCGCAACCCCAGUUCUUGCCAAACAUGACGAUGAAUACGAUCCAAACCCACAAUACAGCUACAGCUACGAUAUUCAUGAUUCAUUGACCGGUGAUGCAAAGACCCAACAAGAAACUCGCUCAGGAGAUGUCGUUCAAGGACAAUACACCGUGGUUGAUGCCGAUGGUUUCCGCCGUAUUGUUGAUUAUACAGCCGAUCCAAUCCACGGAUUCAACGCCGUUGUAAACCGUGAACCACUCACCAAAGCCGUUGCCGUUGCUCCAAUCGCUCACCAACCAGCAGUCAUCGCCGCCAAGACCGUUUUGCCAGCUCAGCCAUUUGCCUACCAAGCACAACCAUUUGCCUACCAAGCACAACCAAUUGCCUACCAAGCUCAACCACUCCUCGCAUCCAAGACCAUUUUGCCAGCCCAACCACUUGCCUAUGCUGCCCAACCAGUCCUCCAACAACAAUUGGUUCAAGCUCCAUUGUAUGCUAAAGCUGCUUACCAUUAAGUUUACCAUCUUCUAAGGAACCCAGCCAAUACAAGCACACACAUACAAAAUGGCAUUUUGUCUACAUGUCGAAGCGAACGAAAACCAUGAACGAAUUUUUCCGUUCUGAAAUGGACUGAAUGAGUGAUGAUGAAUGUUUUUUUUAUUUUGCAUUAUAAUAUUUUGUGAAAUUAUUAAGUUUUUCGAAAACAUUUGAAAUAAACCUUAGAUAAAAAUCGAGCGAAAAUUCAAA